UUAAUUCAAAUAAUACUACUACUUGUAUAUACUUUUUUACCUUGAACAGUUUACAUAUCGGUUAUAUUGGCGAGAUGUGGAGUGUUCAGGCUUUGGUGGUGCACCUCUUGCUGCUGGGCUCCAUCCUGAGCAUCUACUUCCAAUCGACCGUAUUGUCGGAUCUUAAACCACUAAGUACACUGCGCGAAUUGGGCUUGGAGCCACCGGCUAAUAGACUAGUGGUUUUUGUGGUCGACGGUUUGAGGGCAGAGUCGGUGCUGGCGAAGAAUUGCAGUUCAGUUCCGGACUUGCAGGAGCUCUUCAUCGACCAGGCUUUGGUUGGCAUCUCACACGCCGUCCCGCCAACGGUGACCAGACCGGGACACAUCGCCAUCUUCGGGGGAUUCAAUGAAGAUCCUGCUGCUGCCCUAACCAACUUUGGCUGGAACCCAUCUACCUUCGAUACCGUCUUCAAUCGCAGCAGAAACGCCAUCGGCUGGACUCAGGAUGUGGUUGCCCAGGUCUUCACCCACUUGCCCACCGGUGGUGCCCCGUUGCGCUUAGAAACCUUUUCCAGGUCGGACAUUUCGGGCAGACUUCGGUUGGAUGAGUGGGUUUUCGACAAGGUGCGCCUGUUCCUCAACAAGGAGGAGAAUGUGCGUCCAUUGCGCAACGCCACCUCGGUGGUGUUCUUUGUGUAUCUAGCCGAUAUCGACCUGGCGGGCCACGCUUACACACCAUACGGCUCAAAUUUCCAGGAAAAGCUGAACUUCACCCAACGGGGCAUCCGGCAUACCUACGAUCUCUUCGAAAGCGUUUUUAACGACAGCCGGACGGCUUAUUUGAUGACGGCAGAUCAUGGAAUGAAUGAUCAUGGCGGUGGGGGAGAUCGCGAGGUGGAAACGCCCUUCAUCCUCUGGGGAUCUGGUGUUAAGGACAUGGCCCCCGAUCCCGGCCAGAAUUUCACGGUUAAUAACGAUGGUCUUACCCGACCUCUGUACCAAUUGGAGCAGACACAAUUGGCGCCUCUAAUGUCCGCUUUGAUUGGCCUUCCCCCUCCGAUGAACAACAUAGCCCUGUUGCCCCUGGGAUUCCUGAAUACCAGCGUUCAGUACGAACUCCAGGCCCUCCACUUGAAUGCCAUGCAACUGCUUGUUCAGGCCAGGAUUCUUAUAAAGCGUCACGAGGAGGGAAUUCUGUAUCUGUGUCUGCCCAGGUUUGAGGGUCUGGACUCGGCACAGAUUGAUAAUUAUCCGCUGAGGAUAAAAUAUCUGGUGGCCGAGAAGCACUUCGAGCAGGCGAUGAAGAUAACUCAGAAGAUAGCCAAGGUGGCUCAGCAGUGCUUGGAGUACUAUCACGGUUACUAUCACCUGCCCCUGCUGGUGGCCACCACUGCCUCCUAUUUGGUGUGGUUUUACCUUCUACUCGUGCAAUUCACCCGAGAGUCCAGCGAACCGAGGACGAAGCGGCGAGGAUUUCUAACGUGGAGCACUUUGAUGAUGUCCCUGGGAGGAGUGCUGCUCCUUGAGUUGAUGAUCCUGCAGAGGGUGCCCUACCUGACGGCCUUCUAUCUGCUGCUGCCCUUCGGAAUCCUCAUCGUCGCCGUGGCGGAACGUCCCUCGGAAAACAGUUGGUUUAGCAUCCAGUUUCCCAUCCUUCAUCUGCUGGGAAUCCUUGUGCCCGCUGGCCUGCUGAUACUGAUGGCCUUUCACAACAGUCACAUUGGAGUGCUAUAUUUCCUGAUGGUGUGCCUAAAUAAUAGAAGGGCCUUCUUCAGGCCCUCCUUAAAGUUCUUUUUCUGGCUUGCCCUGGUAAUACUGCUGAGUGGCAUCCUCGUGGUGAAGCAGAACCCAAGUCUGGAUUUUAUUACCGAUGCUAUAAGAGAUUAUGUAGACAAAAGCCACGUGGUAUAUGUCAGUAUGGUGGUAUCUAUAAUUCGCCCUCUGAUCCUGAAGCAUCAACAUGCCAAACGUGUUUGGAUCAUCAACGUGGCAGCGCUUUUGGCAGCAGCAUACGGAAUCUAUCAGUGGGAUAGGGAUCAGCCAGUCUGCACCUACGUUUAUGCUGCAUGUUGGUCCUAUCUAGCCUUCGCCUUCCUAUCGAUUCCUUAUAGUGGGGCAAAGGAGUUAAGGCGUCGCCUGGAACUGAUCAUAUUCAAUAUGCUGACGGUACACAUAAUGCUGACCAUAUCGAUGGGCUCGCUAUUUGUCCAGAUCAUGGUAACCGAGUUUGUGCUGGGCCUCGAACUUUACGAAGAGAGCAGCAGAUCGAGGGAUAUUAAGAAUGGGAAUACCGAUGAGGAUCAAGAGGAGUCUCAAGUUGAAAGACCCGUGGGUCCAUUGGAGCACCUGAGGCUGUCCUAUCGCUAUGCGGCUCUCAUUCUUCUGUACUUUUACGUAUCCUUCUUUGGCACCGGCCACUGGUUCUUCAACUUUACCUUCAAAGCCAUCACCUCGCGUCUGUUCUUCCCUCAAUUUCAACUUCACCUGAUUGCGGCCUUCAUCUUGCUAAAGAUAUUCAUACCAUCGAUUAUAGUUAUGUCGAGCAUAUACGCCUUGGUAGCUUUUGGUCGAAAGAAUACCCGCUCCAUCUUUAUAUGCCUGUUCCUGAUGAACGACACCAUGAGCCUGUACUUCUGCUACUUUGUGAACAAUCGAGGCUCUUGGCAGGAGGUGCGCCAAUCGUUGGACCAUCUUUUGGUGACCCAUGUCUUUAUCAUUCUGCUGCUUGUUUGCUCCUGGAUCGCAAAGGGUUUCCUCACCAACACCACGGAAGAUAAACCAGAACGAGGCGCCCAAGUACAGGUUCUCGACAAUGCUUCGACCUUGGUUGAGGACAGUCAGGUCUAGCUCAUCCCAAAUGGUCUGCCAAAAUUGUCUAGUUCUAUUUAAUC